UUCUCAUCCUCAUUACAACUAUUCUAAAUACAAUUUCUGCUCAUGAUCUAAGUUCACCUAUCAGUAGAAGAUCAUUAUUAUUCAAACGUAAUGACGAGAAAUGUCCUUGUACUGUCGCCCAAGCCGCUUUCGAUAAUGAAGUUAAGGGCAUAGUAUCAUUGACGCAGACCUCAUCAAGUUCAAUAAAAUUCGUUGGUCAAUUCUUUAGUGGUUUGAAGGUGCCAUGCAACCACACUAUUCGAAUACUUGACGGAUGUGGCAAGUUGAUUAAAGACAUUACCGAUGAAUUGGAUGUGCAUUUUAAUGAUCAUGGCGGAUCGGAACCUUUCCAUGCACUAGUCAAAGGUAUCAGUCUUGAUUGUGGUAGCGAUUCAAUAUUACCUUCAACUUCAACCUCCUCAAGAAGAAAACGUAAUUGUGGAAAUAAAAGAGAACCCGCCGAUCCAAAGUUUGCAAUUGAUGAAUCUCAAACCAACAUCUAUUCA